AUGGCACAGGGAGGAUCCAUGUCUAGCAGCGAAGAAUCGCGUCAGCGACUGGCGGUUGCACUCAUCGUUCGUGAUGAAGAAAAAACGUUGCCCGCCACGUUGGCCAGUGUGCAGAACAUCGCCGACCAAAUUGUGGUUGUCGAUACCGGUUCGACCGACCGCACGGCUAAGAUCGCACGCGAGUUCGGGGCAACGGUGAUCGCCUUCCCCUGGGAAGACAGCUUCUCGGCUGCCCGAAAUCGGGCGAUGGCCGACAUUCGUGCCGAAUGGAUCCUGUGGAUCGACGCCGGAGAGAAGCUUUCCGCCGCCGAUUCUCAGUCGCUUCGGCAACUUGUCGACGAGCAGAGUGACGCAAACACUUGCUACGCCGUGUGGAUCGAAUUGCCUCAGGCCACUGCGAAUAGUUACGCCGAGCGUGUGACCCAAAUUCGGCUUAUCCCGUCCUCGGCCGCGCUUCGCUUCACAGGUCGCGUACGCGAGACUUUGUUGCCGGCGAUUGAAGGUGGAAAGUUCCAGAUCGAGCGUUCGGAAAUUCACCUUCUGCGGUCGUCUCGCGAUCACGACUCGCAACGCAAGCACGACCUGGCCGUGCGCGAUCUACCGCUGAUCGAACAAGAGAUCGUCGAAAAUGGUCGGCUACCCAAGUGGCUGGUUGCCGCGGGCGAUGUGCACGUGAACCUGAGUGACCCGAGCACGGCCCAUACGUGUUAUCGCGAAGCGCUGAAGACGGCCGAGAAGGGUUCGACCGAUCAGCUCGCAGCCUACUACGGGCUGUUAACCUGCUGCGGCACGGCGGCCGAUACGGAUGAUAGCCCGAUGGAGAUCUGCAUCGAGGCCCUCGAGGUAUUCCCCUUCGAUGCACAAUUGCUGUGCGCGAUGGGCAACUACAUGCAAGCCGUGGGGCAAACCGAGAUGGCCACUCGCGCCUUCGAACUGGCCAUGAACUAUGGCGAGGUAAAUCCCACGCUGUGGCACGUGGCCGAUGUUACCGAGAUGGCGGCCCUGUGCCUGAGCGCACUGCUGAGAAACCAAAAGGAAUACGAACGAGCCCAAGCGGCGUUGACCGAAUCGCUGGCCGCACGGCCCGACUCGGUGCGGCUGCAGCGGGCAAUGCUGGAUCUGUACAUCCGCCAAUCGCGUCAACACGAGGCCCUGGCCGUAGUCGAUGCCAUGCCGGGCACCGUGCCGCAUCGACAUGCCUUGCGAAGUGCCGUGCGUGGAGCGUGUCAAGUUCAGGAGAAGAACUGGAUCCCGGCGGUGGCGUACUUGCAGUCGGCCUACUCGGCCGGAUGUCGCGAUGUGGUUUGCCUGCAAUGGCUCUCGGUCGCGCUCAUCUCGACCGGAUGCCUGGAAGCGGCAGAACCGGUUGUCAAGGCAUGGCUGGCCAUCGAACCGCACAACGCCGAAGUGCGACGGUACGCCGAGUUGCUCAGCAAUCGGGGAGCCGAAGACAGCGUGGCUGCGGCCACCGGUCUUGGGGCUUCCGAUGCAGUAGCCACAUUCUCGGUGACGACCUCGACCGAUGAGGCGGCUUCCACCAACUACAUCGUCACCACCGCAGAAGCUGCCGCCAGCGAGGCGAAGUCCUCGGAGAAGGCCACGCCUUCGAAGCAUCUGCAAUCGCUCCGCAUCGAUGCGGCAUCGCAACCGAACGACAGCAACAUUCACUUGCAGCUUGGAACCGCCCUGGUCGAACACGGUCAGGAUGAGGAAGCGGAAAAAAUCUGGCGUUCGUACCUGAGCCACUCGCCAAAAGAUCCGAAGAUCACCACCGCUUUAAGCGAGUUGCUGGUGACCACCCGACGAGUUCAAGAGGGGCUCGACCUGGCAGCCCCGCUGGUGCAAAGCGGAGAGGUGUCGACCGGCUACCGCGAAUUCACCGCCGGCAUCGCGCAAUUCAACCGAGAACAGUGGGACCAGGCCCUCGAGCAUUUCGAGGCCAGUCACGAGGCGGGUUACAACCAACCUCGCUUGCUGGAAUACCACGCUAGGUGUUUAGACCAACUGGAACGCUACUCCGAGGCCGAACCGCUGUGGCGAGAACUUUUACUGCGCGAGCCGACCAACGCCACGGCCCACGAUGAGCUGGCCAAACUGCUCAAGUCGACGGGUCGCGGCGACGAGGCCGCACUGGUCCGAGCCCAACUCAAGCGAUUGCAGAGUAUCCCCGCUCAACUCGAAUACCCAGGCGGCGGGAUGAGCCACCCCACCAUGAGUACUUCGAAGGACACUGUCGCCAGCUUCUGGGAUGAGAAUGUUUGGCAAUCGAUCCCGCAGCGAUAUUGGUCGUCGAACCCGAUUCUGGACGAGUACAUCAAUCAGCAGAUUAUUGAACCCCGCAGUGUGAACUCGCAUAUCUCGUGGUGGAUUUCGAAGUACCACCCCACGGGCGUGAGCGAAAACCUGCUCAGCCUGGCCUGUGGCGGUGGCCACGCCGAGCGGAUUGCACUGAAAGAGGGCUCGGCCCAACGCACCGUUGGCUACGAUGUCUCGCCCAAGUCGCUGGAAAUCGCCCGGGCCGAAGCCGCGGCCGACGGACUUGCAGACUGUGUGGAAUACGAGAUCCGCGAUCUGAACAGCGAUUCCCUGCCGCGAAGUGAAUUCGAUGCGGCCAUCUCCUUCGGAUGCUUGCACCAUAUUGAAAAUCUCGAGUGGCUAUAUGCCGAGGUGGCGGCCUCUCUUCGUUCCGGUGGCGUUUUCUAUCUGAAUGAAUACGCCGGCCCCAACCGCUUCCAGUAUUCAGACGCCCUGAUUCGCGAAGUCAAUAAGGUUAUCCGUACGCUUCCCGACGCUGCGGUACAAACCCAGGAGCUGCGGCGGAUUUCGCCCGAGGCAAUCAUCGAGACCGAUCCCAGCGAGGCGAUUCGGGCCAUCGAUGUCGAUGCCAAGCUGCACGAUUCGUUCGAUGUGAUCGACGGCCGUGGGUACGGCGGAGGCUUGCUGUACACGCUGUGGGCCCAGGUGAUCGACCCGGCGUACUUCAUGCAGCUUCACGACCCGAAGGUUCUGGAGUUGCUGGGAUGGCUGUGUCAGCUCGAUUUCGAACUGACCGCCAGCGGGACGAUCGAGAACCUGUUCAUCUCGCACGUGCUGUGUCCGAAAGGGCAGCAGGGUGAUCGCUACUCGACGUACGAUCCGCAGGCCGCCAUGAAGGCCCACUCCGACUUCGUCGAGGCACAGAUCGCCGCUCUUGGCGAUCCGCAUGCCGUGUAA